CCAAGAACCUCUUUGUACACUUCAUCUCCCCAGAGCGCCAAUCGCGGACACUAUUUAGAUCCUCUCCCCACCUCCAGAAGCUACAGAAACACCAUCCCCACACCAACCACUUUGCCAUCACCAUAGUCAAGCUCGACCGAAACCAUAGCGAAGUUUGACCCACCCCCAAUCCCCCCACAACACGUCCAUUCAAAAUGUGCAUCCAAGUCUACCGCUGCCACGUCGGCUGCUUGCACUUCUACCGCGCCGGAUGGUUGUCGUGCGACAAGGCCAAAGCCCGCCCGAACAAGGAGCUCUGCCUGCCCGCAUCCGGCAACAAGCGGGACCUCCCGGGCACGUUCAACCGGAUCCUCGACCCCGACGAGCCUAUAUUCUGCGAGAUGUGUAUCAUCGCCAUGAAUGAGGGCCGUCACCAGCCGUUGGAUCAGUUCGCCCGGUUACGAGCGGCUCUCGAGGGGGCCGAAGAGCGGGAUGAUGCCACCCAGGAAGAUGCCCCCCAGGAGGAUUGCCCCCAGGAAGAUGCCCCCCAGGAGGAUUGCCCCCAGGAAGAUGCCGCCAGGCUGAACGAAGGUGUGGGUGUUUUCUAG